AUGGCGGAAAGAGAACCGGCUCGUGAGAUCUUGGUAGCGUUGGAUGCACCUCGUGUGCAGCCCAACCUUUUUCAGUUCAGUGCUGAAGCCUCCAAGUUGGCCAAAAAGGGUGCUUGGAUCACCGUUCUACAUAUCCUCAAGAGAUUACCAAGACGUCAACUCUACCCUGACACCAUUCUGUACAGCACCGCGGUGAGUGCGUGUGAAAAGGCGGGUGAGUGGAGAACGGCAUUGGCACUUUUGGAAGAGAUGGAGGAGAAAAGUGUGGAGGCCAAUGCAUUUACAUUCAGCUCGGCCAUCAAAGCUUGUGAACGACAAGGCUGUUGGGAGGCUGUUUCCAAGCUGUUGCUCCACAUGGCGAAUGGAAACGUUCAAGGCAACAGCUAUACAUUCAACGCUGCCAUUGGCACCUUUGGCAAAGCGCAAAUGUGGCUCAUGGCGUUGUCCUUGGCCAAAGAGAUGACCAUCCAACAGAUUCAGUCAGACAUGAUAACUGGCAGCACCUUGGUUGGAAGUUUGGAGGGUGCCCAGUGGCCCAAAGCUUUGCAAGCCUUUGAUCUUCUAGCUGCGUCGCAAGUUCCACGCAAUGAUUUCACCUGGAAUUCGAUGAUUUCUGCUUGUGAACAGACUUGGGGCGUGGCCCUUCAGCUUUUGCUGGCCAUGUCCCAGCAACAGUGGCAUCCCACGUCCAUGUCCUUCUCUGCAGCCCUGAGUGCUUGUAAUCACUGGCCACAGACGUUGGCCCUCCUGGAGACCAUGGCACGGCAGCGGUUGCGAGUCACUGGGAUACAGGUGGGUUCCGUACUGAAUUGCAUCAACAUGGAGCUGGGAAAGCCACGAGCCAUUGAUGUCCUGAAGAUGUUGAUGGCCAACUGGGAAGGUGGCGAUGAUGAUCAGGGCCUCAAGGAGCGCGUCUUUGUGCCACGAAGGCACAUGGAAAACAUAGAAUUGCCUGCAGAGAUCCUUUUCCAAGAUGAAUCAUUGAUCGCUUUAGCGAAGCCUGCUGGAAAGUCUUCCGAAGAUUGUCUGCAGAGGUUGGCCAACUAUCUGCAGCAGCCCUUGACGCGCCUGUCACGUUUGGAUCUGCCAACCUCUGGGAUUUUGGUCGCUGCCCGAGGUGAUCAAACUGCUGCUGCGUCAUGGUGGUUUCUGGCGCAGUUUGCUGGUCGGAUUGUGUCCAAAAAGUACUUAUGUUUGGCGACUGGUGACGCGGGUCUUCCUGGGUACACUGAAGAGAUCAAGCUGCCGCUACAGGUGAUUGCGAAGGAUGGUGUAAGCCGGGCGCGUGUGGCCGAUGGGGCCGAUGGGGCCGAUGGGAUGGCCGCACACACUCGUUUCACAGUGUUGGCCACCUUGACAUCUUCGGAUCAAAGCUUCUCCCUGCUCUUGGCAGAGCCGUUUACCGGAAGAACUCAUCAAAUCUGGGCACACUUGGCUCAGAGGGGCUUCCCACUACAAGGCGAUGGCGCUUAUGGCGCUGAUGGGGGUGCGGGCAGAGGUCUCUUCCUCCAUUGCUGGCAGAUGGAACUCUUAGCCUUCGGUGGUACCGCAAAUGAGGACAUGUUGUCACUGCAAGCAGAUCUUCCGCCCAUCCUGAGUGAUGAACUGCGGAAGUUGACCCUUUUGAGAGGUGAAAUGCCAGAAAAAAACGGGCGAUUGAAGCGCACUGCAGCACAACCCCUGACCAGCCAGUUGUUUUCGUUGAUGCUUUGUGACAAGGGGCAGAAGCCAUGUAGAAUUGGAGCUAAUUAUAUUGCAGCUAUUUGCGCUAUUUGCGGGAAGCGAAAUUCCAUUCAGAUAAUGAGAUGCGAUGAGAUGCGGAUAUCAUGA